AUGAGUUAUAAUACAUCAAAAGGCAAAGAAGAUUACAUCGACGAAGCUCCAAAGGUUCAUCGUAUUCGUAUAACUUUAACUUCACGGAAAGUCAAAGCUUUAGAAAAAGUAUGCACAGAUUUGAUAAACAGAGCAAAAGAUAAACAAUUACGUGUGAAAGGACCUGUACGUUUGCCAACUAAGGUUUUACGUAUUACUACACGUAAAACUCCUUGUGGUGAGGGUAGUAAAACUUGGGAUAGAUAUGAAAUGAGAAUCCAUAAAAGAUUGAUUGAUUUACAUAGCCCAAGUGAAAUCGUUAAACAGAUUGUAAGUUAUUUAUUUUUAGUAUGA